AUGUCGUUUUCAGGCACGACACCAGAGUCAUUACUUCCACGCUCGGAUUCCCGGAAUCCGGCCACGACUUGCAAGGGCAUUACCAAAGCUGGUCGACCGUGUAGACGGCCAAUAGAUGCCAAGCCAUCCGAGGAUGACGGGGUGAUUGCUGUAGUCUCUGUCAUUGGCGAUGGUGAUGAUGAAGAGGUUGGUGCUGCUGCAUACUUUUGCUGGCAGCACAAGGAUCAGGCGGAGCGGUUGGCUGCGCAGACUUCCAAUGGACCGCCAACGCAUCUCUAUCCGCUGAAGGAGAGGAACAGUAUUGAUACAUUGGUCGAGCGUCUUGGGGUACUUGAAGUGGAUGAUGCCGAAGAACCUAGUCAACGCAAGAGACGGAGUAGCAGACAGGAGCAGGGAACAUCUGGGAUGCGGCCACCAAAGAAAAUCAACAGGCCAGCCACCUGGGAUAAGGUUGAAGGACCUUUGAUGUCUGUACCGAGCGAUGUGAUGGCAGCAAACAAACCGCAUACUUAUCCAGCCAAGCCGUCUUCACCGAGAACCAAGCCCAGCUUUUGGUCAUCACUCUGCUGUGGCUCUGCAGAUGUCGAUGAUAUCGAAGAACCUCAACACAAGCAGAAGACGAGCCAGGCUCCCGUAGCUACAGCUACCCAGGAGAAACCACAGGUCCCUGUUCAACAACCUUCAGCACGCCCUGCAAGAGUACCACAAGACCAUGGUCGACGACCCAGCAGAUCCACAUCACGACCUCGCACCUCACGACGCUCAAGUAACCCAGCCGUCCGCACGCCCCUAGGCGAAAAACCCGCACGGCCAAUCAACAAGAUGAAUCGGGAGGAAUCAGAGACAGCCGCCUUGCUACGCUACAUUCCCAAGAACCUAUCCCCACAACUAACCUCGACCCUCCUCGCCGAACUCAGCAAACCAAUCUCCCCCCACGACGACGAAGGCUACAUCUACAUAUUUUGGCUGACGCCCGACUCCGCCGGCCCCGCUCCCAAAUCCGCAGCCUCAUCGCUCCUCGUCCCGCCCUCAUCCCGGCCGGACCAAAACCGCCGCACCGCAGACGUGCUCCGCCAAUUCUCCGUCAAGAAGCCACAACAAGGCUCGCGAUCGGGCACAGCCAGACGGUCGCCCAGCACCACCGACACGGCCAACAAAGACCGCAUUCUCCUCAAAAUCGGCAGGGCCAACAAUGUCCACCGUCGCAUGCACGAGUGGACGCGGCAAUGCGGGUACAGUCUCUCCCUUGUGCGAUACUAUCCCCACGUGCCCUCUACACCAUCACCUGCGCCUGCUCCACACGCGACGCCUGCGCAGUCCCGACGCCGGUCUUCGGCAGGGCCAGGAGGGGUGAGGAAGGUCCCGCAUGCCAUGCGUGUGGAGCGGCUGAUUCACUUGGAGCUGGGCGAGCAGCGGGUUGUGAAGAAGUGCGAGGCGUGUGGGAAGGAGCAUAGGGAGUGGUUUGAAGUGGAGGCGUCGAGGGAAGGGGUGAAGAAGGUGGAUGAGGUGGUGAAGCGGUGGGUGGACUGGGCGGAACGGACAAAUGGUAGGCUGGGCGGUACGGACGAACGAGUGAUGAUGUUGUUGGAGAAUUGA